AUGGCGGAAGAAAACUCAGCUCCGCCACAAGGAGAAGAGAGGGGGAGCGCGCAGGAGGGGGCGAACGUGCAGGGGGAAGCGCUCCCACAGGGGGAAACGCGCGCACUGGGGGAAACCGGGGGAAAGGGGGAAGCUGGGGGAGCGGAGCUGAUGGACACCACCGAUGCGCCGAAGCAGGGACUGUCGCUCCUGCUGGCGUCAGCUGAGCUCAUCAGCCAAGGCGCGGAAGCGGAGGCUAGGAGCAUGGUGUGCGCAGCGAGACUAGGAGUGGCGGAGCCAGACUGCCAGUGCUGUGCUGUACAGCGUGGAGGAGGGAGGGGGAGCAGGACCGAUGCAUGGUAUGGUAGCAGCUCAGAGAAAAGUGCUGGGGUUGGUGCACUUCAACUGGGAGUGGCGGUGCCGGAAGGGAGGAACAUGGUGCGGGCAGCAAAGCUGGGAGUGGCGGUGCUGGGGCUGUACAGAGAGGCGAGGAACAUGGUGCGGGCGGCGAAGCUGGGAGUGGCGGUGCCGGUGCUGUAUGGAGUGGAGGAGGGGGAGCGCUUCAACUCCACCAUUGCGGAGGACAAGGCUGUGGAUCUCUACGUGCUUGAGCGGGCACUCAUCUCGUUGCACUCCAGCAAUGGGGAUAUUAUGUCGGCAGUGCUGACAUCGUAUCGCCACCAUUCAAGGUUCUGGAGCGCCACACUGAACAAGCUGGGGCAAGGUCACGUGGCAGCUAGACAGCGGGAGCUGCACCGCGCCGCGCAUCUCGCCGCACCAGCCGCUGCUGCCGCCGUUGCGCUGCUGCGACACACCCAGCUGCUCACGUCGCCGUCCUUUUCCCCACCACUUAUCACGCCUCGAGAUGCCGCGCCUCGCUCUCCAUCGGCGGGGCUGUCCGUAUUCAACGGACCGUACGGCGGCGUUGCCUCUCCCGCAUCAUCCGCAGCUUCUCGUGUCGAAUCGAGCGCGAUCAACGGCGCGAUCAGCGGCGCAAUCCACGGCGCAGUUAACGGCGCAGUGAGCAGCCCGAUCGACGGGUCCCUUAAGAGAUUAUUCUCGAGCUUAGCCCCGAGGCGCGGUCUCUCUCCUACAAUCACCCACCACAAACCCUCCUCCACGUCAUCAUCCAUGUCAUUCUCGCCGCUGAUUGGUCCCAGCAAUCGCCCCUUCCAUAGUGGCAUCCCCACCGCUCGCAAUGGCUGGGGUUUCGGAUCUGAUGACACGUGGCAGAAUUUGGGAACAUCGUCAUCCUCUCUGACCAAUUGGGGCGUGCGAAUCGUCCCCGAGAAAAGCGCCUUCGUUAUAGAGCGAUUCGGGAAGUAUUACAAGACUCUAGGUUCCGGCAUUCACCUACUAAUUCCGUUAGUUGACCGAAUCGCGUACGUGCACUCGCUGAAAGAGGAGGCGAUCCCGAUCCCCAACCAAUCAGCGAUCACCAAGGAUAACGUCAGCAUUCAGAUCGACGGAGUGCUGUACGUACGGAUCGUGGAUCCGGUGCAAGCAUCGUACGGUGUGGAGCGGCCGCUGUACGCAGUGGUGCAGCUGGCACAGACGACCAUGCGCAGCGAGCUGGGGAAGAUCACCCUCGAUAACACUUUUGAGGAACGGGAUAUUCUCAACACCAAUAUUGUGAGGGCGAUCAACGAAGCCGGGCAGGCAUGGGGCAUAGAGUGCCUGAGAUAUGAGAUCCGUGACAUCUCACCUCCUCCUGGAGUGCGGGCGGCCAUGGAGAUGCAGGCUGAGGCGGAGAGGCGGAGGCGCGCUCAAGUUCUGGAGUCAGAGGGUGAGUGGAGGAGUCAGAGGGUGAGUGGAGGAGUCAGAGGGCAGGCGAACAUAAACAUGGCAGAAGGGCGCAAAACGGCAGUCAUCCUCGAAUCAGAGGCCGCCAUGUCAGACCAGAUGAACCGAGCCAAGGGAGAGGCGGAGGCGAUAGUGGCAAGAGCGAGGGCAUCAGCUGAAGGCAUUGAUGUGCUGGCCAGAGCGCUCAUGGCUGAAGGCGCCACCCAGGCCGCCAGCUUGCGAGUGGCAGAGCAGUAUGUCGCAGCCCUGGCGAACCUGGCGAAGCAGGGAACGACAGUGCUGCUGCCGAGCAACGUGGGUGACCCGUCCUCCAUGGUGGCGCAAGCACUCGCCAUCUAUAAGACCGUAUCCAGUUCCCCUGCAGGUGUGACUGUACCGAGCACCCCUACAGAUGUGACUGUAUCCGGUGACGCUGUAACAGGUGGAGGGGCAAGUGAGCCGAGGAAAGCUGGACUCGUAGGGUUGCAAUCGCAGGAGAGGGAUAGAGAGGUUGGGGCUGCGAGCAGGGAGAGUGGUAGCGAGGCGGUGGAUGGUGGUGGGGCUGGUAAGCAUACUCCCGUGGCGAAAGAUAUUCCCGCAGCUGAUCAAACUCCUGCAUCGAUUUCCUCCAAGAGAAAACAACCGGCUCCUGCUGCAUGGCGUCACUCGACUGACUCUGCCGCGGACAGAACGUCCGAGCCAAGCCAGGCAGUUUUGGAUGGUACAGCUACCGUUAAGUUGCCAUUUUCAGCGGAAGCCGUUUUACAGAAAGGCAAGACGAACGCGGCCCUCUCCUCCGAGACUGUUGAUCUAGGAUCAACCGACGCGUCCGCGGCUGUGGGGGGGGCUCCUGCGGGGAAGCCCGUGCUUUCAGUUAGGGAUGCCAUUAAUCAGGCGCGCGCCGCUAAGAGCCAGUUGAAGCAGCAUGCGCAGGGCAAGGCCGGGCGAAAGGCCCCCAAGGGCGGUAGAAGAAGGACCCGCGGAUCCUCGCGCGCCUCUGGCGGAGAUACCGACAGCGAUGACGAGGAGGAGGCGGAAGAGGCGGAUGUGGAGGAGGAGGACGAGGAUGUGGAGGUUCAGGAGGAGGGGGGUUCUAGAGGGGAUUUGAUUUCGUGCCGUGGUGGACCUUCCGGUUCAGGCGGAGAGCAUUCCAGCGGCAAGUCGUUUCAGGAUCUGUUUGCGUCGCAGACUGACCAACGGCAAGUCCUUCUGGCGCUGCCUGCACGCGGCGCGCCGCCUGUGCUCCAGCUCCCACCUCUUCCCGCCCGUGCGCGACCCAUGCCGCCACCUACCCCAGAUGCACCGUCACCCAUGCAAACCCCCGCUGCCCUCCCAGGUUCUUACAACAAACGCCAUGCCCCCGAUCUCUCUACACCGCCAUCCGCGUUAGUAUCAGCCCCUCGUUACACUCUCCACCAAUUUCGCGACACUUCGCGCCAUAAUGUCCCCAGACCGCCUCCGUUACCACCUCCACCGGUCUCAACCCUCCUCCCGCCUUCCUCCACCGACCUGCCAGUCCCAGCAGAGUCCGUUCUUGAUCUUCUCUCCGUCUACUCUUUCCUUCGCUCUUUCAGUCUUCAGCUGUUCCUCAGCCCGUUCACUCUAGACCAGUUCUGUCACGCCCUCACCACCCCGCGCGCCAGCCCACUAAUAGACAGCGUCCACGUGGCGCUCCUGCGUGUGGUGGACUACGAUCCUUCGUCAGCAGCGAUGGGAGAAGGCGGCGGAGGGGGCGCGGGAGGCGCGGGGGGCGCGGGAGGAAUGGGAGGUGCGGGAGGGGUGGGACCAAAGAAGCAGGACGAUUGUGGGAGUCUGCAUCACAGGGAGCUGGACAAAGCAUCUCUGGAUGAAAUCACCUGGCCGGAGUUUCUCCUCCUCUUCCUCUCCUCCCGCUCGUCCUCCCGCCUCAACAGCCGCAGGCUCGGCCACUCCGCCCUCGCCUCCUGCGACUACUACCUCCUCCCCGCCUCCACUAAGAUCGACUUCCUCUCGCUCCUCUGCGACGAGGCUUUAAGUAGCGGCGUGAGGGUGCGACUAGAGAUAGAGCGCCGGCAGGGGGAGCUAGAAAGGAGGGGAGGAGGAGGAGGGGUCGGGAGGGGAGGAGGAGGUGAGGAGGAUGACGAGGGGGAUUAUGGGCAGGUGGGGUAUCAGAGCCUUGGGAUCUCCGCACUCGCUGCUGCUGGGGUGCCGUCGGGUAUGGCAGGGUUAUCAGUGGUUGGGACAGGUACCGGUGGUGUUGCUGAGUCAGCAGGCGCGGGAGAUGAGCUGGCAGACGGGAACGCGGACGAGUGUAAGCUAUGCGGAAUGGACGGCAAUCUGAUCUGCUGCGACGGCUGCCCGGGCGCGUUUCACUCGCGCUGUGUGGGAGUGGUGGCGGCAGCACUGCCGGAUGGGGACUGGUUCUGCCCGGAGUGUGACAUGAAGCGGAGGGCAGGCGAGGUGCUGGGGGCGGUGGUGCCCGAGGGGAUGAGAGGGGAGCAUCUGGGGGAGGAUCAGCACGGCCGGGUUUACUAUGGCUCCUGCGGCCGUGUUGUUGUGUCGGAGGAGCGUCACAAUGGCACCCACGUGGUGGCAUAUUACAGCCCUGCAGACAUCCCCAGCCUGCUGCACUAUCUAUCCACCCUCGGCCCUGCCUUUACUGCUGUCCACGAGGCUGUUGCGGCGUUUGUUCGCUCAGAACUGCCGCAGCUCGAGUCACCUGAAGACAGUGUGGAGGCACCUGAAGGGGAUUCUGAGGCAGUUGAAGAUGAUGUGGCGGUACCUGACGAUGGUGUAGAAGCACCUGAGGGUGGGGUGGAGGCACCUGAGAUUGAACCUGAACAGCUGCACGGCGCAGCUGACGUGGAGAUGCGGGACGGGGAUACUAAUGAAGGGGAUACUAAUGAGGUAGAAGAGGUAGGAGAAGGAGCUGCUGUUGCUACAGGUGAAGAUGACGGGGAUGUAGCGGAGGUUAAGGAGGAGGAAGAAGCUACAGCCGAGAUAAUGGCGGAGGAAGGGGAUGCAGCCGAGAUGAAAGCGGGGGAAGGGGGUGCAGCCGAGAUGAAAGCGGGGGAAGGGGGUGCAGCCGAGAUGAAAGCGGGGAAAGGGGGUGCAGCCGAGAUGAAAGCGGGGGAAGGGGGUGCAGCCGAGAUGAAAGCGGGGGAAGGGGGUGCAGCCGAGAUGAAAGCGGGGGAAGAAGCUAUAGUCGAGAUAAAGGGGGCAGAAGGGGGUGCAGCCGAGAUAAAGGCAGAGGAAGGAGGGAUCGUUGAGAUAAAGGGGGGGGAAGGAGGGAUCGUUGAGAUGGUCACAGCAGAGGCGGCGGAGGAGGAUGGAGAGGAAGAGGGAAGACGGGAGGGGGAAAGACGGGAAGGUGUGAAGGUAGAAGAGGGAGCGAAUGGGGCUGGAGAGUGUUGUGUAGAUGGGAGUGCAGGUGGGGGCGCAGAGGGUGCAGAGGGAUGUGUGGAUGUGAGUGCAAGAGCGGGUGCAGAGGGCUGUGUGGAUAUGGGUGCAGGUGGGGGCGCAGAGGGCUGUGCGGAUGGAGGUGAGACUGAGUGCGCAGAGAAGGGUUCAGACGACGGUGCAGACGGUGUUUCUAUUGGGAGCGCUUGGGAUCUGGCAGACGAGGCUGUAGGGGACGAGGCUGUAGGGGUUGUUUCAGAAAUGGUUGGGGCCGCAGAUUUGACUGAGACAGCAGAGGCGGCGGUUGGGGCGGAUACGGUAACUGCUGGUGAUAUAGGAUCGGGGGUAGGAGGGAGUGGCAAGGCACAAGGGGCAGAAGUGGCAGAGGCAGGAGAUGGUGGAAUGGCAGAAACAGGAGAAGCAGAAGCGGCAGAGAUAGGAGAAGCAGAGGCACAAGGAGAGGAGGAUCCCAUGCAGACGGACCUCUCUUUUGUACUGAAGGAGUCUGAACAGCUCUUACCAGCAGAGGAAGCGACGGUUGAGGUGCAGCCAGGGGCAGGAGAGGAGACAGCAGACGCUGCAGGAGAAGAGCAUCAUUCACAAAGGCUUGAGGAUGCAUGGCAGAAGCCGGGAGGAGAGCGGAUUGCCCGGGUGGUGGCGAGGCUGUGGGAGAGGCUCGGCGUGGGUGCUGCUGGGGAGGUUGCAGAAGCUACUCCUGCUGCUGCCACUGGUGCUGGUCCUGCUGAUGGCGAGGUGCGGAAGAGCCUGUCUCAGGCAACAGCAUUGAACGGAGUGGCAUCACAAGAAGCCUUGCAGGCAGAGCAGGCGAAACAUCAAGCACAGCAGGCAGAGCAGGCGGAACAUCAAGCACAGCAGGCAGAGCAGGCGCAGUGGGUAACGAGGGUGGAUAAAGCAGAGAGGGCAGAGCGAGCAGAGCGGGCGAGAGAAGGAGAUCUUCUAGAGCCGUACACGAACCGCUACGCCCUGGGGGAGGCGGCUCAUAGGAAAUACUGCCUGCUUGUCUCCGCUGCCCGUGCUGCCUCUGCGACUGCCACUGCUGCCGCGGCUGUCGGGAACGUCCGGGCUGCUAGUCAGCGCAGGCUCGGGGGAGGUCUGGCGGGAGGCUUGGGAAAGGGAAGAGAAUUGGAGGGGUUUGGUGUGGGGGGAGGGGUGGGGCUGGGAGGGGUGCGGGGCAUGAAGGGGGAGGAGGCGUCAAGAGAUGGGAGGCUGGAUGCUGUAGUGACACGGUUGAUGUACCUGGAAGGGCAGCUGCACCCUCUGCUGGAAGGCCCUUGGAACGAUUUCAACUGGCGCCAGCACUGGCGGCAGCGCGCAGUGCAAGCCACUACUCUACUCCAAGCGAAGCAGCUUAUAAAGGAGGUGGCUCGUUCCCUACGCACCGUCGCCCUCUCCUCCCAUUGGUCGGCGGAACCAGAGCCACCCGCUCCCCUCCCAACCAGCCUCCCGUUACAAGCACACCCAGAGCCUGUCACCCCUGCUGCUGCCCCGCGCCUCUCUGGCCGAAGGCGGAAGUCUCAAGGAGGGAGAGGAGGGGCAGGGAGUGUGUUUGGAGGAGGGGGGAGAGGCGGGGGAGGAGCAGGGGCAGCACGCUGCGGACUGGGAGCAGCUGCCUCGGGAUUUGGCUCGGCGAGCGGCUCGGCAAGGUAUGUGGCGUGGUUUGGCAAGAUAAGCACUCCCCUUUUCCCUUUUCCCCUCCUGUCUGCCCACUGCCCUUCCUCCCAUCGAUCUCCCUCCCUCGUCUCCCUCAUAGGGGCUUUCAAGGAGCCUCAAAGGACGCCUCAAACCUCCCCUUGGCUCCCACCUCCCGCCCUCCUCCCACCCACAGGCGGCUUCAAGAAGCUCCCAGGGCUGCUGUACGGAGUGCCAUUCGCCAGCCAGCGAGGGGUGCCAGUGCGAGCAGAGAAGGUGGCGUGGGAGGCGAGGGUGGAUGCUGCCCGCUCCGUCGCCCACCUGGCCCUGCAGCUGCGAUCUCUUGAAGGGCUUAUGUUACUAUGCGGCUUCAAGAAGCUCCCAGGGCUGCUGUACGGAGUGCCAUUCGCCAGCCGGCGAGGGGUGCCAGUGCGGGCAGAGAAGGUGGCGUGGGAGGCGAGGGUGGAUGCUGCCCGCUCCGUCGCCCACCUGGCCCUGCAGCUGCGAUCUCUUGAAGGCCUUAUCCGAUUAGACCAAAUCAACACCGCUGCCGGUCCCCCCGCUGUUGCCGUUCCUGCCGCUGCCGCCGCUGCUGUAGCUUCUGCUGCUGCCGCUGCACGUGCCGCUGCUGCUGGUGGUGGUGCUGCUGCUGUUUAUGGGGAUGGUGAUGACGUGGAGGAGAGCUGGGUCUCGUUGUGUGACGUGGCGUCGCGUGAUUCGUUCGUUCUGGAUAAGGACUUUCGGCCGCCGUUUGUGAAAGGGAGGAGGUGGAAGGCGGAGAGGGGGGUGGAGUAUCUGCUAGUUGUGAAGAGUGAGGAGGAAAGGGAGGAGGGAGAGGAUGAGGAGGAUGGGGAAGAGUGUGACUCGGAAGAGGAGAGAAAGAGGAAGAAGAAGAGGGCGAGGGAGAGGUUGAGGGCGUGGAGGAGGAAGCAGAGGGAGGUGAUUGAGGGAGUGGGGGCAGGGGCCGGUGUCAAGGAGAGGAAAGGGAAGGCUUUGGUUAAACAUGAAGUGGAAAAGAUCAAAGAGGAGACGGUUAGAGAGGAGGUGGUUAAAGAGGAGUUGGAGACGGUUGGAAAGGUAGAGGCGAAGACCAGGGGGAGUGAAAGGAAAGAGGAUGUGGAAGUGAAGGUAGUGGGAGUUAAGGAGGAAAGGAAGGAAGAGGUGAGGGAAGUAGCGGUUCAGGAGGGUUUGGGGGCAGAGAGGGAGGCAAAGCGAGUGAGAAGAGGGGAGGGGGGGGAAUGGGAGGCAGGGGGAGGAGGGGCAGUGGGAGGGGAGGGAGGUGCAGGCGGAACUAUCGCUGCCCAAAAGGGUGUUGCUGAGGUGACUUUUGAGGCGCCUCAAGAGAUCGUUGCUGAAACGACUUUUGAGGCGCCUCAAGAGGGUGUUGCUGAAGCGCAAAGGCUUGAAGGCGUGGAGGUGGAGGCGGGGAAGGAUGAGGAGGAGAGCGAGGGUGGCGGAGGUGGGGAGGCGACUCUUGCGGCGCCUGGGAAGGAGAUGAGGGAGGAUGAGGAGGUGAGGGAGGAAGCGGAGGAAGAGAGGAACGAAGAGGUGGAGGAAGUGCCGUUGAAUGUAGAUGGUCAUGGUGAUGGUGGUGGUAGUGCUGAUGGUGAUGGUGAUGGUGAUGGUGAUGGUGAUGGUGAUGGUGAUGGUGAUGGGGAUGGGGAUGGGGAUGGGGAUGUGCGUGUUUGUGAGGUGGGUGGUGAAACGGUGGAUCUGUCACAGGAAGACGAGGAGAAGGAUCGCUGUAACGCCGCUGGUGAGAGCGCUGGUGGAGAGGCGAACGCUGACGAAGAGUUGAACGUUGAUGACAAGGUGAACCCUUGGAAACGAAGGAGGAAGGCAGGUGGGAAGGAGGGGAAUGUGACUGCAGAAGUGGGGGACGCUGGGGAGGGGGCACCUGGGAAUAGAGAGGCGAAUGAAGGAUGCACAGGAGAUGAAGAUGGAUGGGGAGGGGAUGGAGAGAGGAUGGAGGAGGUAAUAGGAGGUGGAGGCGGAGGGAGUGGUGAGAAGAUCACAGAUGCGGUGGAAGGGGAGAGGGGAGGGAAGGACGGAGGGAAGGAGGGAGUUAAGGAGGUAGGGGUGCAAGGGGAGGGUAAGGCAGGGAAGAAGCGUAAGCGGGAGCUGAAGCCUCAAAUCAUUCCUGAGGGCAGCCGGAGAGUGACGAGAAGCCGAGUGAAGGAGGAGGAGGGCGGGGCGAAGAAGGGCGUGGGAGAGAAGGGGAGAGCUGAUGCGAAGGCUGCGGUUGAGGAUGUGGUGAAGGGAAGAAAAGGUGGGGUGAAGGGGGGUGUAAAGGCAGGGAAGAAAGGGAAGGAAGAGGAGGAAGAGGAGGAGGAGGAGGAAGAAGGUGUGGUGAUGGUGAAGGAAGAUGAGGAGGUGGAGGAGGUGGAAGCGGUGGAGGAGGUUGGUGAGGAGAAAGGUGAGAAAGGGGGAAGGGGAAGAGUGGAAGGGGGCAGAGGGAGGAGUGUAGAUGUUGCUGAUAAGAACAAGUUGCGGCUUGUGGAGAAACAGGAGAAGGAGACAGGGGAGGAAGGGCAUGGACAAGUAGUAGGGAAGGUAGAGAGGAAGAUUGAGAAAAUGAGAGAAGUGCAGGAGGUAGAGGAAGCAGAAGAGAGUGACGAGGAAGGGCAAGAUGAUGACGAGGAGGAGGAAGAAGACGAAGAUGGGGGAGUGUGGGUGCCAGAGAGGCUAGUCCCAUUGGAGCUGAUCCGAGAGUUUGAGCACCGGAGGAGAACAGAGAUCUGGGAGGAGCAUGCUAAGGUAGUCAGAGCAGAGAGAGAGGCAGCCGAGGCGGCCGCCAGGGCUGUUAUUGUUAAGUACAUGAGGGAGAAGGUGCGGGCGAUGAGGGAGAGACGAGAGCUGAUGGUGCAGGCAAUGGUGGCUCAGUGUAGAGAGAUGGAGGGGAGGAAGCGGCGGGGGAAGGAGAAGCAGGGGCAGGGGCAGGAGCGGGAGGAGAAGCGGAAGCGGGAGAGCGAGAGGGAGCGGGAGCGGGAGCGGGAGAGGGAGGCGAGGGAGCAUGAGAAGGAGGAUCGGCGGGAGCGGAAGGAGAGGGUGAAGGAGGAGAGGGAGAGGGAGCGGCAGCGGCGGUUGGAGGAGAGGGAGAGGGCGAGGAGGGAGAGGGAGCAGGCAUCAAUGACGAGAAUGUCACAGGUGGUGGGGGCGGAGGUGCAGGCGAGAAUCGUGGCGGAGGCACGGGGGAGAAUGCAGAGGGAGAUGGAGGAGAGGUGUUCUGCUCUGUAUGCUCGACUGGUGGCUGUGAAGAGUCAAGCAGGAGGUGCAGGAGGAGGAGGAGGAGGAGGAGGAGGAGGAGGAGGAGCAGAGGCGGUGGUGGAUCCGUGCAGGGUGUGCACUCGAGGGCUCGUUGGUGAUGGCGCGAAUCAGGUCUUCAUAUGCGUUUCCUGUAAAGUCGCAGGAUAUUAUUUCGCCUCAGGAAAGGGCGAGAAGGAGAGACCGGAGGGAGAGAGGGGGCUGCAGUUGAAGUAUAUACCGUCAGGGUCAGGGGGGAGGAAGGCGAUGGGGGUGCAUGGGAUGGGGGAGGGAGCGGGAGUGGCGUGCCGGCUGUGCAAGGAGGGGUAUGAUGAGAGUCGCUUCUACGUCGCCUGCAACUUCUGCGAUGCCUGGUUUCAUGGUGAUACAUUACAGCUCGACGAAAAUCUCGACAUCCCCAUCCUGCUCUACCUCAAGUGCAACCGCUGCCGUAAGAUCGCCAACAAGCUGCAUCCCUGCCGUCCAAACCACGUGGACCCCUUGGAUUGGCCGCCACAUGGCGCUGCCGCCCCUGCUCUUGACGAAACACCAGCAGAAGUGGCAGCAGGAGGAGGAGCAGGGGGAAGGGGAGGAGCAGGAGGGGGAGGGGCGGGAGGAGGGGCAGGUAAGGGAGGGAAGGCGGGAGGAGGUGGAAGAGGAGGGGGGAGGAGAAAAAGCAGCAGGGGAGCUGGGACAGUGGAGCAGUCUCCUGGCUAUCCUGUUGGUGUUGCUGGUGGUGAGGCAAUGAUGGGUCAGGCCACCGGAACAACAGUGACUGCAGGGAACGCGGUAGCACCAGGUGUGAUUAUAACGGCAGAGAACAUCGACCCUGAUUCGUUCUUCGACUCGCAGCUGACAGCAACAGGUGAUGGGAUGGGUGGGGCCGGUGCUGGUGCCGGGGUUGGGGGUUCAGGAGGGGAACCAUGGGGCGGAGGAGGAGGGGGAGGUGGGGGGGGUGGAGGGGGAGGAUGGGUCGUGGGCUGUCAGGUGGGUUGUCAGGUGCAUUCCCUGGUGGUUUUCCAGGUGGCAAUCUUCCUGCAGAAACUACAGCAGGUGGUGGCAGCAGAGGAGGAAGUGGGAAAGGAGGGAGACGAGGGGCAGGAUUAA